AUGAUCUUUAGGUCCCCACUCUUCCUUGCCGCAUCAUUGGCCCCCACUGUCAGUGCAAUCACUACUGCAUUCGUAGAUGGUUCUUACUAUUCACCAACCGUGAAGACACUCAAUGGAACUUACGCGGGGGUCCAUAACCCAUACUAUAAUCAAGAUUUGUUUCUUGGCAUCCCAUUUGCACAGCCUCCAAUUGGGGAUCUGCGGCUACGAGCACCUCAGUCUUUAAACACAUCCUGGUCUGGGUCUCGCAAUGCCACGGCUUACGGAGCCUUUUGUGUUGGCUAUGGUUCUAUUGCAUCUGCCUACACUGACUUCAUGUCUGAGGAUUGCUUGACCCUCAAUAUCGUCCGACCGGUGGGACAAGGCUCUGAUUUGCCUGUCGUUAUAUGGAUAUAUGGCGGUAGCUUCGUCGAGGGUGGGAGUGCGGACCCCCGUUUCAAUUUAUCGUACACGGUACAAGAGGCUGCCAAUUCCGGAAAACCUCACAUUGCGAUUUCGAUCAACUAUCGUCUUCAAGGCAAGGCUCACAUUCAGCUUCAUCUAAUUUCUCUGGAUUUCGCCGCUAAAUACUCGCAGGUUGGGGAUUUCUUUACGGUGAAGAAAUUCAGAAAGAUGGAUCGACAAAUAUCGGAUUCCGGGAUCAACGGUGAUAUGGCUCUUCAUUGGGUCCAGGAGAACGUUGCCAAUUUCGGGGGUGAUCCUUCCAAAGUAACGAUUUGGGGAGAGAGCGCCGGUGCUGGAUCCGUCGGCGUACAUAUUAUGGCUUAUAAUGGGAGAGACGAUAAACUGUUCAGAGCUGCUAUCAUGGAGAGUGGUGCUUUAAUAAAACCUGCAAAGUAUCCGACACCACAUGAGUGGGAACCAGUAUAUCAAAACCUUACACGAGCGACCGGGUGCUCCGAUGCAACCAAUUCCCUGGCCUGUCUACGCUCGCUGCCGUUUACGAAACUCAAUGCUGUAUUCAAUUCUUCAACAAUGACUGAAGCUGACUGGGGACCCAUGCUUGACGGUGAUCUCAUCGCAGACCGAGGCUUUAACCAACUCAAGACCGCCAAAUUCGUCAAAGUACCUAUUCUCAUCGGGACAAACUUUGACGAAGGUACUACCUUUACCUCCAAAGGCAUUGACACUGACCGAGAGUUCCUGCAGUAUCUCAACUCUUAUGGGGCCGAUAAUCUAUCAGCCGAGAAUCUUAUGGUGCUCUAUCCAGAUAUUCCAGCGAUAGGGAUUCCAGAGACUCUCCAGGGACAGCCUCAGUUAAAGAAACUCGGCCUUCAAUUCAAGCGCGCCGCUGCAUUUUUGGGAGAUUUGCAAUAUCAGACUCCACGGCGUUUGACUGCGACUGCUUGGGCGAUGAAUAAUAUCACUUGUUUCAGUUAUCACUUUAAUGUGCUGACGAAUGGUCUUACAAACGAAACUGGCUCAAAUCACGGAGCCGAAAUACCCUUUGUUUUCUACAAUUUGGAUGGAUCAGGGUAUCGUGAAAUUGCCGAGGUCAAUCCUUUUGACGGAGAGCCGGCGAGCUACUUUGACUUAGCAAGGUUAAUGACAAGAAUGUGGUCUAACUUUAUUGCGGACUUGGACCCUAAUCACGCAGGAGUUGAGAGCCAAUACUGGCCAGCCUACUCGGUAUAUAAUCCCCAAAACUACCUGUUCAGUGUGAUCACCACCUCCUACACCGAGCCAGACUACUAUCGAGCAGAGGCACAAGCAUAUAUCAGCUCCAUCAUGUCUACUGUUUUUGGGCGAUAA